UUUUUUUUUUUUUGUGUGUAUAAAUAAAUUAUAUUCAUUUCAAGAUUUCAGAGAAACUCAACACUUCCCAUAAAUCUACCACCCACGUCACCCCGCAAUACCCCCCACCCCCAUAGUACUACUACUACUACACUCUAUUAAGCCUUAAAAAACCCUUCCUUUUCAUAUUCCUCAACCCCUUCCUAGAUCUAUAAAAAAAAAAAUAAAAUUGGUUUUAUUAUUUUGUUUAUAAAUAAAUUAUUCAUUUCAUUUGAAGAUUUCAAAGAAACUCAACUCAACACAACAAAACACUUCCCACAAAUCUAAGACCCACCCCUCACAUGAGUGGUGGUGGUAGCAGUGAGACUAUGUCUGAAGAUGAGGACCACCACCGUCCUUCAGAUCUCACGACCACCGGGAAAUCAAGAAACUGUUGCUCAAACGCCGCCGUGAACGGCGGCGCGUUUCCAGAUCAAGUUCUUGAAAAUGUCUUAGAAAACGUUCUCUGUUUCCUUACACAUCGACGUGACCGUAACUCUGCUUCCCUUGUUAGUAAAUCUUGGUAUAGAGCUGAAGCACUUACCAGAUCCGAAAUCUUUAUUGGUAACUGUUAUGCUGUCUCUCCGGUUCGGGUAACCACCCGGUUUAAACGGGUUACUUCUGUGGUUAUUAAAGGGAAACCUAGGUUUGCUGAUUUUAGUUUGUUGCCACCUGAUUGGGGUGCAAACUUCAGUCCUUGGGGGAAUGUUUUGGGUGAGUCGUACCGGGGCCUUGAGAAGUUGUACCUUAAAAGGAUGAGUGUAUCUGAUGAUGAUCUUGCUUUGCUUGCUCGUUGUUUUCCUAGUUUCAAAGAGCUUGUUCUUGUUUGUUGUGAAGGUUUUGGUACUAGUGGACUUGCUAUUGUUGCACGUGAUUGCAGGCAAAUUAGAGUGCUUGAUCUGAUUGAGUCUGAGGUAUCGGACGAUGAAGUGGACUGGAUUUCCUACUUCCCUGAGAACAAGACCUGUUUGGAGUCAUUGACCUUUGAUUGUGUUGAAUGCCCCAUUGAUUUCGAGGCGUUGGAGAGGCUAGUAAUCAGGUCACCUAGUUUGAAGAGACUAAGGUUGAAUCGAUUUGUUUCUAUCGCCCAACUGUACCGGUUGAUGGUUCGAGCCCCACAGCUUACCAAUCUUGGAACAGGCUCAUUUGGCAACUCAUUGGUCAAUGAUGAACCUGAUCCUGAUUAUGCUUCGGCAUUUGCUGCCUGCAAAUCCAUUGUUUGUCUCUCUGGUUUCAGGGAAAUUGUUCCAGAAUAUCUGCCUGCAAUCUAUCCAGUUUGUGGAAAUCUGACCUCUCUUAAUUUCAGCUUUGCUGCCAACAUUAAUACUGAACAAUUCAAAUCUGUCAUUAGCUGCUGCCAUAAGCUCCAAGUAUUGUGGGUAUUUGAUUCUGUAUGUGAUGAAGGACUUGAGGCAGUUGCUGCGACAUGUAAGGAUCUGCGGGAGAUUCGGGUUUUCCCUAUCGAAGCUCGGGAAGAUGCAGACGCCCCUGUUUCUGAAGUAGGUCUCCUUGCAAUUUCCGAGGGUUGCAGUAAACUUCAGUCCAUCUUAUAUUUCUGCCAAAGAAUGACAAAUGCAGCUGUUAUAGCUAUGUCAAAGAACUGCCCAGACCUUGUGGUAUUCCGACUAUGCAUUAUGGGGCGACACUUGCCUGACCAUGUUACUCGUGAACCAAUGGAUGAAGGAUUUGGGGCUAUUGUCAAGAACUGUAAGAAGCUUACUAGACUCGCUGUAUCUGGUUUACUGACUGAUAAGGCUUUCAGUUACAUUGGACAAUACGGGAAACUAGUCCGAACGUUAUCAGUUGCUUUUGCUGGAAACAGCGACCUGGCUCUUAAGUAUGUGCUUGAGGGCUGCCCUAAGUUGCAGAAGUUAGAGAUCAGGGAUUGCCCAUUUGGAGAUUUGGCAUUGCGUUCUGGUUUACACCACUAUUACAACAUGAGGUUCCUUUGGCUGUCAUCUUGUAGAGUAACUCUAGAAGGUUGUCAGGAGAUUGCUCGCCAAUUACCCCGUCUAGUAGUGGAAGUGAUUGGUUCGGAUGAUGAAGAAGGGAGUGAGACUAGUGAGCAUGUCAAUACAUUGUACAUGUAUCGGUCUCUUGAUGGACCAAGGGCUGAUGUACCAUCAUUUGUGCAAAUACUGUGACCUUUUUAGAAGAUAGAAUUUAAUUGGGGCCUCUAAGAAUGAUUAACUAUUUUCUUGGGAAGAGAUGAGAUGCUCUCCCGAAAUCUGCCAUAUGAACGUGCAAAUCGAAAACAAAUGGUGCACCACUUGCAAAGACAGUGAGCAAUCUAUACCAUAUUCAAUGCUAGUCUCCAUGGAUGUCAGUGUAUAUGGUUCAGUACAGAGAUUGGUUUAUCCAGCAAAGCAGUCGAGAAGACAAAUGUUGUUGUAUCAGUAAUCUUUUCUAUUCACUUUUCUUUUUCUUCAUAUUCAUGGAGCCCUUUCAAUUAGCAAGUGGAGUGGUUGCUAAGGCCACAGUAAUGGUAGAUAUUCCAAAUCGCAUACUGGCAGGGAUCACAUUGCAGCUCAAUGAGGAGAACUGGGCUAUUCAGAAUCAACAAACACAUGGAAUACACAUGCAUGCUCGGUCGGGGUACUGGAUCGUCAUUUCAUACAAUUGAGCCCCUUCUUAUUUUUUGUUUCAUUGUUAGUUUUAGAGUUGAAGCGUUUUUAGUUGGUGAUUAGCCUAAUGCUCAGAAGGAUACCGGAGUUGAUAUCUCUCCAUCUCGCUUUCUAGAAAUAUUUGUUCUUUUCCAGGAUGUGUUGUUCUUAGCACCUGACUGUUGAAUUUAUUAUUGUUGUUAUUGUUAGAAGAAAUGUGAGAUGGGUAAUAAAUGCCAAAUAUGCAUGGACCAGAAUGCUACUAGUUUGUGUA